UACAUGGUACUACAACCAUGGCCACGUAUAUAAAAGCAGAAAGAGCUGAUUAGCGCGCAGUGGAUUGGAGUCCGAUGCAAUCUAAGGUUAUAAUUUUAUUCGCAUCAUAGCUUUGCAGAAAAUAAUUAAUAGAACAAAUUAAUUAGUAAUCAAGAAAGUGUAGCAGUUUUAUGAUUCAAUAAAUUGAAUUGUUGCACAAUCCUUGCUGCAUAUUUGUGCAGUAGCAUUUGCAAUUUCCUGUAUUUCGGCCGCAUCUUCCAUUUGUAAUUUUAGAUUUUGAACAUUUCGGAACUUGUUUAUAUACGAUGGCGCAAGUUGAAGAUAUCAGAAAAUAUCUAACUAAAGAUGUAAUAUUCAAUAAAAUAAACGAAAAAUUUAUAAGUAUGGAUCCUGAUGAUAUAAAAGAUAAUAAUCAGUUCUUGAAAAAGAUUUUAGAAGAGUUAUUAAUAGGUGCUAUGAAAAAAGAAAGUCCGUUGUUUGCUAAAACCUAUCAAAAAAUUGUGUGGGCUGGAAGUUAUUACAAAGAAACUCGCGUUGGGCAACCUGAAGAAUAUGAUUUGAAUUUUGUAAUCAACUUACCCUUCAAGGAAAAAGAUAUAGAAAUUAGCACAGAUCGGCCAGGUUUUGUUAAAAUACGUUACACGGCUUGGAAAGACAGAAAUUUGGAUAAUAAUUCCUUAAACUUAGAUCCGAAAGCAUAUAAAGAAUUGAAGUCUUUCAUCGACGAUCAAUCGUAUCUAGAUCAAGAAAAAUUUCGCAGAUGGAUGAAAGGAAUUUUAAGUAAAGUGGCCAAUGCUACUGGUGGAAAUAAUAGAAUUAUAUUCGAUGGAUGUGAGCCAAUAAGGAUGAAAGAAUCGGGACCAGCGUUUACGUUAAUAUUGAAACUUUUAAAUUCCGGAAGAACUAUCGACAUCGAUAUAGUUCCUGUUUUCAUUUAUUCAAUUUCUAGUUUACCAUCAAUAAAAUGUUCAACUUCAAAAAGAAACUUUUUAAACGUUCGUUCACAUUAUAAUAGAUAUUGGUCCGCAGUUCCCAAACCUUUACAUGGUUUCGGUGAUUCAGGAAAUCGUUAUUGGCGUUUGUGCUUUUACGAAUUUGAACAAGAUUUGCUUUGCGAUCAUAAUUAUCAGAGUAUGAAGCCUGUAAUACGACAGUUAAAGAAACUAAGGAAUAAUCAACAAGGAUGGAAGAGUGUCGCAAGUUAUUAUCUUGAAACGUUAUGCUAUCAUGAAUCAGAAAUGUUUCACAUGUCUCAGAAAAAUUCUAUGACUUUCUUAUUCUUCACGAUGUUAGAAAAGCUCCGCGACGCUUUCCAAAAUCGCUCCAUAAUAUACUAUUGGGACGACGAUCACAAUUUGCUGGAAAAAAUCGGACAUUCGGAAAUGGAGAAUAUGAAAGGAAGAUUAAAUAAUGCUUUAAAAAGUAUCAGAAAAAAUAUCAAAGAAGAUCCAUAUGCGAUAGCUAAAUGGGUUUUAAGUCCAGACGAACUGCAUAUUUUGAAAAGUUUGGAACAUGAAAUAACAUCGAAUUCGACAUCUGAAUCGGAACCUGAACCUGAAGCUUCAGCUCAAGGGAAAUGCGUUAUUCUUUGACCAAUCGAGGAAGAAAUCAGCAACCUUGAUGACGCAGCUUAUCAUAGCGAGACAGUCUCCCUCGGCUGUGUGACUAUACGAGAAGUCCGAUUGGAACAUAUACUCAUAAAUGUCAACGAGUUUCAAGCUUCUCGGCCUCUCACGAUCGAAAUUCAAUCUCUUCUUCGGGUUGCUCCUCUUGAACGGUCG